UCUAAAAAAACAAUGUGAUUGUUCGUUUUGGUCUUUAUUGGAAUUGUAGCCCAGUUGGGCUUGCAUUGACGAAGCUCGGUCUUUACUACCUGGUACCUAUCCGUUUCUAGAUUGCCUGAAGACAAAAACAAUAAGGCGCCGUUUUGUUUUGCUGCACCAAACCCAAAUGCAAUCUUGGUUUCUCUCCACCUCGAGGUAAUCCACAUUACUUGACCUCAUUUGUCAACUCGGGGAAAUAUUUCUCAACACUUUUCAGACGUUUUGUACCUGAAGUUUAUUUCAUCAAUGGCUGCUGCAUCCCCCAACGCCAAGAGCAUCCCGCAAACUGCGCCUCGUGAAAUUCCAGCGCAGCCACGUACCCCAGCCAACCGGCUCCGAGACCCAUGUAGCAAGUCGCCAAAGUCUCUGUCGUCACCGCGAUCCUUUUCGUACGAGGAUGAUAAGAAUUGGUUCAGUCGCUCUCACACAUCCUCCAGUCCAAGCAAUGCACCUCGCCUGCACGCCUCUGACUUGGAAUGUUUCCAUGUUGGACAGGUGUGGACGGACACGGGCAUCGCCCUGGUUGGAGACGGAGACUUUUCCAUUCGCCUGCAUUGCCAGCGCCGACAGGUACCUGCUGGUACAAGCAGGGAAGAUGCAGACCUUGUGAUUUGUGUCGGCAGUGGCGGCACAUGUCGCCCGCUGUCUGAGGGUAGCUGUAUUAUCGGUUUGACGUAUCGCCGCCAUAGCACCAAGAAGGGAAAGGCGUUCCUUGUCCCGGAGUUCUGCACCUGUAUUGUCAGAGAUCCAAAGCCAGUUCUGAUCAGCUGUGGUGUUGCCACGCUGCGCAAAUGCACUGACGGCACAAGUCAAAUUGUUCUCAAACGCGGCAGCAACUCUCAGGCACUGGUUUCUGUCAAGACAAAGCUGUACUCUGUCCUGAAUUCACUGGCGCGUGGCCAGCAAAAGCAUUCUGUGGACGAGAUCAUCCGCGGCUUAAACAUGUGGACUGACUAUGAGUUGGAUUCACUUGCAGACAUGUCGGCGACUAGCAUGCGCUGCCUCUUCUAUAACUCCUCCAGCAAGCAGCAGCAUUAUAAGGAGUCAUGGAACAGCUUAUUCGCCAACCAGCCACCAUCUAAUGCCAUCCUACGACAGCUGCAGGAGUGUGCCGAAGAGGAGGCAGCACGUCGCCGCUCCCUGCCACCGGGCACGGUUAUUGAAGACCUGACACGACCCUGGACCUUACCCAAGGGCAACUUCUGCCAUCCCGGCCAGGGCGAGUUUGAGAAGCCGUGGGAGUGUGCCGCUCGUGAGCUGAAGGCCGAAACCGGCAUGGAAUGGACAGCGUGCAGGGCGGACGCACCGUUCGUGGAUAUCCUGCGGCCAAACAGUCUCGUUUCCAUGGAGCGCUUCUUCAUCUGGCGAGACGACUCCCUGCCAGCCGUACAAGAGAAAAAUGAAAGCGGUGGCGAGAAGCAAUGGAAAUGGUUCAACCUUGCAGAUGCAGCACACAAAUCUGAAACAGCCAAGACCAUCAUUGGCAGUGCUCAGUGCCAGGAUUUGCUGAAGAGAGAGCUUUGAGUGUUGAGCAUAUUCAUCGUGGAAAACGCCACCACUCGCACCACGGUCUCAGAUACAGUAACAACAGAACAAUGCUAUACUUAUUCUCCUAGUUUCACCAUCGCCGCGUCGUUUGUUUCACCCACUGAUGGCACCUCGCAGGCUUGUUGAGUACAAUAUUAUAUUGUAGCGUCCGUGACUGAUGGCCGUACUGGUGUCGCAUGCAGGAGCUGACAGGAGCUAUGCAUAUUUUUUAAAGCUCUACUUACCAAGCGCUGGGCAGGCUUCUGCGCUUGUGUUAAUAUAGUAUGUGUUUCAGCACUGUAUGUGAAAGAUACCCCGGUGACAGCUCUCGCUCUUUCCUCCCUUUCUUUGCUUAUGUAUCAUCACCUUACCUUAUCCUCUCACUCGUACGACAUCGUUAUCCUCUCACCCGUAUGCUAUCGGUAGAGUUAACUGAAAACCGACCAAUUGUAUCCUUGCAAUUGCAUCCUUGUACUGGCCUCUACUCCUAUGGUACCUUAUUCUGUUUUGUCUGUAUUCCCUCUUUCAUUGUCUGUUUUUGAUCCACAUCGACGUGACCCUACCCAAAUCUGGUGUUGUGACCUCAUCUUUCUGUUAUUGACAUUGGCCUCUGACCCAGCCGACUGCUAGUACCAGUGGUUUGCCUGUUUUCCGUGUUUGUUUGAUCUGUUGAAUGAAGUGUUUGCUCGAUGUUCCCUGCGUCCCUGCAAGCCGCGUGAUGCAGUUUCCUGUUGGCCAUAUCAAGCGCACCGACCCAGACUAGAUAGCUUGUACUUUGUUUUUGUGAAUUCGUUUUAUACAUAAACACAAUGGCUUUUGUGUAGACGAGUAUGCUGUCGCAUGUGCGUUCCAGCUCUCCGAUUAUUAUAAGAGUGUGUUGUGGA